AUGGAGGUCGCGAACCACGCUGCGAAGAGGAAACGCGACUACUCCGACUACGACAACGGUGACGACGACGGACGCUCCGCCUCCGCCCCCUCCAAUGGCGAAGAAAUAGACCUCUCUUUACUCGAAGCCCUAGAAAAAUCUCAGCAGAACCCCGUCGAAGCUCUCGACAUUAAAACCCUAAAGAAGCUCGUACUGGCCUUCGAACGGCGAUUGAAAGACAACACCGCCGCGCGAUUGAAAUAUCCGGACCAACCCGAGAAGUUCGCGGACUCCGAAGUCGAGCUCCAUGAAGAAAUCGAGAAGCUCAAAAUCCUCGCCGGUGGACCCGAACUUUACCCGGAGCUCGUGUCCCUCGGCACCGUCGCUUCCAUUACUCAGCUGCUCAACCACGACAACACCGAUAUCGCAAUUGACGCCGUUUCGCUCAUCCAAGACCUCACCGACGAGGACGUUUUUGACGGCGAGGAGAAGGACGAGCCGGCGAAUGUUCUAGUCGAUGCCUUAAUUGAGAACAAUGCGCUGGAGCUUUUGGUUCAGAAUUUGAGUCCGUUGUCCGAAUCCGACCCUGAUGAAUCAGCGGCUAUUUAUAGUACUCUGUCGACUAUUGAGAAUUUGAUUGAAAUCAAGCCGGCGGUGGCGGAAUUGGUCUGCGAGAGGACGAAAUUGCUGAAAUGGUUGGUUGGGAAGAUUAAGGUGAGGGAGUUUGACAGUAAUAAGCAGUAUGCUUCAGAGAUUUUGGCGAUUUUGUUGCAGAAUAGCAUGCCGAAUCAGAAACGGUUGGGGCAGAUGAACGGGGUGGAUGCUGUGCUCCAGGCUGUGGCAAUGUACAAGUCGAGGGACCCGAAAACUGGGGAUGAAGAGGAAAUGGUGGAGAAUUUGUUUGAUUGUUUGUGUUGUUUGUUGAUGCCUUUGGAAAAUAAAGAGAAGUUUGUGAAGGCCGAGGGGGUGGAGUUGAUGAUUAUUAUUAUGAACCAGAAGAAAUUGUGCUACGGGUCUGCUAUCAGGGCCUUGGAUUUUGCUAUGACGAAUUAUCCGCCUGCUUGUGAGAGGUUUAUUGAUGUGAUGGGGUUGAAGACUGCGUUCCCAGCUUUUAUGGGUAAGAUUCCUGUGAGCAAGAAGAACAAAAAAAAAGGCUUCAAAGAGGAACUUGAAGAGCGCCUUAUAUCACUAAUUGCAUCAUUAUUUGGUGGAAUCUUGAGGGGUUCUAGAAGGGAAAGAUUGUUAAUUAAAUUUGUGGAGAAUGAGUGUGAAAAGAUAGACCGGCUCAUGGAGCUAUAUAUGAGAUAUUCCAAUAGAGUGAAAGCAGAGACAGAAAGAUUGAAUGAUAUUGAACUUGACGAUUUGGAGAUGGAUGAGGAGGAAAAGUACAACAGAAAGCUGGACUCUGGGCUAUAUACUCUUCAGUUAAUUGCUGUGAUUCUUGGUCAUCUUUGGACGUCUGAGCAUCCUCAGAUGAGAGCGAGAAUCGAACUAUUAUUGAAGCAGAAUAAGCUCUCUAGGAAGGAUGUCAAGUACGUACUUCAGGAAUAUCACGACAAUGUUGGUGACCUGGAAGGUCCUGAAGAGAAAGAAAGGGCACAGUCAAAGAUCCAGAAAUUCAUCUCAGCAUUUUGACCAUGUCCCUGGUAAAUCCUGCUGAAGUAUCUGAAGACAUUUUAGUUGAAGAAUUCUGUCAAGACUUAGUGGUGGUGAUUUUGUAUUAGCACUUUGUUCUCCCAUCUCGGGUCCUUGGUUGUUCUAUGCAGGGUUGUCCUUUGAUGUUGUAACUUGUAACUUGGUUGAAGCAAAUAGUAUUCCACUCAAGUUAUGAAAGUAAAGAAGAGAGAAGAUGUGAUUUUCUGCUCAAAUUGAUGGGGAGUUUAUGAAAGAAAAGAAAUGAUUUUGGACACA